GCCCUCUCAGUGAAGGACAGCUCCUGUAAGCGCACAGGACUGAACCCGCUUCCCGUUCUCAGUCUGCGCGUCUGUCCUCGUUUUGUUGCUUAUACUGCCUACUACGGGAUAUUUGCCAUUGGUUCAUGCCUUCCUCUCUCCCCCUCCCUGCCUGCGUGAUUGUAUGUAAAUCCGGUCGGGACUGAGCCAGUAGGUGAGGGUUGGGGCUGGUGGCUCCUGCCUCGGUGGCGCACAAGAGACCCGAGAGCGGCCGAGGUAAGAUCGCUGCUCCGCCGGAGCUGUCCACUCUGCUGUGGUGCUGAACUCCACAACCCUCUCCUCCUCUUCCUCCUCCUCUAUCGGCUCUACUGUACAUUGAUGGUAUUUUGGGAAAGGAUUAACAACCUCCCCUUUGGCUGCUUAUAGGUGCAAACUUCUCCCGAGGACACCCCUCUCUCUCUCUCUCUCUCUCUCUCUCCACACAUCGGAAAUUACACUACACCAGCCAGUGGAUUUGACCGAAGCUCCAGAUUAUCGUUGGUAAUAGUUUGUUGAGAAGUGUUGCUGCCCUCCGUUCACCACUAAUCUCGCUUGGAUUAUCCUCCUGGAUGGUUUACGUCUGGACACACAGAAAAAGACCAAUGAAGACAGCCAGAUGGUGGUCGGCGGCAAUUCUACUGUUGGGGCUUGCCGUGCUUGGCACCGAUGGGAGACCCAACAAGGAGGAAUUCAGGUCGCCGCCCUAUCGACCAGUCGUGAGAUUCCGACACAAGGAUGGGAUCCCUGAGAGUCUGAGGAUAAAAGGUUUUAUGGGACACAAUGUCUAUCCAGGUCCAUGUGAACACAAGUAUUGUGGUUUGGGGCGUCACUGUGUGGUCAACCAUGAGACUGAGCAAGGGGAGUGUAAGUGCUUGGACCACUGCAAACCGCACUAUAAACCAGUGUGCGGUUCCGAUGGGAAGCUGUACCAGAACCACUGUGAGCUUCACCGGGCCUCCUGUCUCAGGGGACACAGGAUUACCAUCAUGCACAGCGAGGAGUGCUUCUACAAAGACGACAACUGCAGACUGAGUGACUACCGUCGGCUGAAAACAAAGAUUCUGGAUUUACAUGAUAAACGAUACACGGGGUCUAACAUGCACGGGGCCCACAAGGACAACAUGGCUGCCAGGAAGCAACUAGUUGAUUUGAUGUUCAAACGCUUUGAUGCAGAUAACAAUGGUCAAAUAGAUGCCAGCGAACUCUCACAGGUUAUCAAGCAAGAAGGUCUGUCCAAGGAUGUCUCUGAGUGCACACUGUUUGACCUGCUGAAGUACAACGAUGUCAAUGAUGAUGAGCACCUCACAAAAGAGGAAUUUUACACAGCUUUUGAUGUGUACCUGCUCACCCUUCCAGAUGACCAGAAAGUGAGCAUCACCACUGUAACGGUUGGCCAGAGCGCCGUGUUGACUUGUGCUAUCACCGGAGAGGGGAGGCCUCCUAUAUUGUGGAAGAGAAACCAUCAGUAUCUAAACUCACUGAACCUGGAAGACAUCAAUAUCCCAUCCAAGGACUUUGGAGAUGAUGGCUCUCUGUAUAUCACCAAGGUGACCACGACCCACAUGGCCAACUACACCUGUCAUGCCGAUGGCUACGAGAAACUUUUUCAGACCCACACUCUUCAAGUGAAUGUUCCUCCCGUCAUCCGAGUGUACCCAGAGAGCCAAGCCAGGGAGCCGGGAGUAACUGCCAGCCUGCGCUGUCACGCUGAGGGCAUCCCCAGCCCCCAGCUAGCCUGGCUGAAGAAUGGCAUGGACAUCGCAACCAAGCUGUCCAAACAGCUCACGCUGCAAGCUAAUGGAAGUGAGGUUCACAUCAGCAACGUGCACUUUGAAGAUACCGGCGCCUAUACCUGCAUCGCCAAAAAUGAGGCUGGCGUGGACGAGGACAUCUCUUCACUAUUUGUGGAGGAUUCAGCGCGCAAGACUUUGGCAAACAUUUUGUGGCGAGAAGAAGGUCUUGGCAUUGGCAACAUGUUCUAUGUGUUCUAUGAAGAUGGGAUUAAAGUUAUUCAACCCGUGGCAUGUGAAAUACAACGGCACAUUAAACCCAGCGAGAAGCUGCUGGCUCUGCAGGAGGAGGUGUGCCCCACCUCACCAGGAGAAGAGGUUCAGAGGUGUGUGUGGUCAUCAGCGGUCAACAUCAAGGACAAGUUUAUUUAUGUGACACAACCAACCUUGGAUCGAGUGCUCAUAGUUGACAUCCAGUCUCAGAAGGCUGUCCAGACGGUCAGCACCGACCCUUAUCCUGUAAAGCUUCACUAUGACAAAUCUCACGACCAGGUGUGGCUGCUCAGCUGGGGAGACAUGGAGAAGAACUUCCCCACCCUCCAAGUGAUCAAUCAAGCCAGUGGGAGAAUCUCUCACCACACCGUUCACACACAGCCGGUCGGCAGGCGCUUCGACAGGGUGGACGACUUCUUCAUUCCCGCCUCCAGCCUGAUCAUUAACCACAUCAGAUUCGGCCUCAUCCUUCAUCGAAAUGAGCCUGUUCUCCACAAGAUCGACCUCGAGACAACUUCAUAUGUGAAAAACAUCAGCUUAAGGGAGUACAACUGCAUCCCCAAGUCUGUAGCCUACACCCAUCUCGGUGGCUACUACUUUGUGAACUGCAGGCCUGACUCCACCGGCGCCACGCAGCCCCAACUUAUCUUGGAUAGUGUAACAGAUAGCGUGAUCAGCCAAAACCGUGACAUCACCGGCACUCCCUACGUAUCUCCAGACGGCCACUACUUGGUCACUGUCGAUGAUGGUGACGGCCUGAUGAGGAUCCAGAUAAUAUCAGAGCGAGGAGAGAUCCAGGAGCCCUUUGACAUCCACACCAACCUUCACCUGUCUGAUCUGGCCUUCCAGCGCUCCUUCACAGAAGUCCACCAGUACAACGUGUUUGGCAGUUCUGGCCGUCAAACUGACGCUCUGUUUGUGGAGCUAAGCACCGGCAAAGUCAAAAUGAUUAAGAGCUUGAAAGAGGCCACAAAGUCAUUCCAGUGGCCAUGGAGCAGUAAGAACAGGGUAAUGGUCGGCAGCGAAUUGUUCGGACAGUACCUUAUGACCCCAUCCAGAGAGUCCCUCUUCAUCUUGGAUGGACGGCUCAGCAAGCUCAACUGUGAGAUCACUGACGUCCUCAAAGGCAAUGUGGUGGUGUGGGUUGGGGAGUCUUAGGUCAUAACACAAAGACCCAAUGAGCUUUUUUUCCCUCAAAGGUACUGUUGCAGAUUCUUUAUUUUGUGGGAGCACAAUAGUGAAUACCACAGAUUAAGACACCAAAUUGACCAUUUGUUAAUCCACUGAAAGGGACUGUAAUUCAAAAAAUAAAUAAAAAUACGAGCGAAGGAUUGAUCUUGUCUUAAAGCCAAGUUAAAACCUUUUUUUUCCACUGAGUGUUUAAGUCAACAUAAAGUUGCUUGCUGGUAAUCUUUUUCAGGACAAUUGGUAUGAAUCCGUAUAUAUGUGCAACUUUGCAUUAUUAUUCACAAUCAAUUGUAUUCAGUGUGGGAAUGUCAUAGAUAAUCUCUGAACAAAAGUAAUAUUUAAGUGAAUUGGCAGAAGUUGAUAUAUAAAUAUACACUAUAUAUGUCAAGAUAACUCUUGUAAUUUGAGUUCACCCAUCCCCAACUUUUUUCCUGUGCCUUCAAGGAAAAUUCCCUUCCAUCAGUGGAAUUAGCGUAAUUAUUCCCAGUGUGACUGCAGACUACACCUCUUUCUUUGACCCCUCCAUUCGUCGUGAGCGCGGUUCCUCGCAAAUCUAUUUUUCUCAUCUAUCUGUCCAUCCAAUGCAGCCGACUCAGUCUAAUUAAAAUGAGCCCUUGCUGUGAUCCCAUCCUGUUUGAAGUGCAGACUGAGCGACUGAGUGGUUCAUUAUGGUUGUGCGAUCUGUAACCUUUGAUCCGAAAUUAUAACCAGCGUUGGAAGGUUUUGAAAUUAUAUAGAUAGAUCUUUUUUCUUUCUUUAGUCCAAAGCAUAAAAAUGAAAGUCAGUGGCAAAGUUAGUUAAGUUGGACCAGCUUUAUACACUGCACAUUGUGAAAUUUAAAACGUUGCUUAGCAAUGAGUCAAUAGAGCACUUCUGCGUGCAGAAAAUCCUAUCAUAACUUUAAUAUCCCUGGACCAAAAAGAAAAAAGAAAAGAAAAAGAAAAGCAUCUUAGAGUUUAAUAGAAUGAACUGUGAAAAACAUACACUGUCUGCUCUGUUUGGCAGCAUGUUUCAAGUGGAUGUUUUAAUGUGAAGUAAUGAUGAGCUAGCACACUGGGGAGCAAGGUAGUUGUGGUUGUAUUGUGUAGAGGGUCUUUGAGGAUAAGCUUUGAAUAUAAGAAACUCUUUCUGAAUGCUCCUGCAGUAGUACAUAGCUGGCAAGUCAAUGAAUCCUAGCUGGACACAUUUCUAUGCAUUUUCACCCUGGCACUCUAUGACUCUGUGAAUCACAAUGGGCAACUGUAUCUCAAAUUUAGUACAGACUUUUGACGUGUACAGAUUAAAUAAAGUCUUUCUUUCCUGUUAAAUCUUACUCGUAUAUACUUGGACUUUAAUUUGAUCCUUUUGUUCCCCCAUUACAUGUUUUUUUUUUCAACCUUUUAAAUCCAGUUGUACCGCUAACGAUGACCUCUGACCUUUCUCUCUAUUUAUGUUCUGUACAUAGCGGCUGACUGUGAGUCCAUUAGUUUCCCAUCAACGUACAGAUUCACGCAGCUUCUGUUCAGUAUCCAAGCCAAUAAUCACACUCCUUUUUAAGAAAUGAAAACACACUGCUGUCAUUAUCAACAUCCUGUACCUAAGCACAUUGUGAUCACACGCGCCGCUUUCACCUCCAUAUAGCCAUGUCUUGUAUGUUCCUCCAUGUGAUUGUUAUUUAUAUAGAGAAAACACGCUUGUCAUUUUACCCAACAAUAAAAACUAGAUUG